GGACGACCGGGACCGAUCACCGGUUAGUAGGCUGCUGAAGCCUGCCACACGGGCUCCCAACUAAACGAGAGCGCUGGAUUGGAGAGGCAAAAAAAAAAAAAAAGGGACUUUACGCACGGACCUCUGUGUUUGUGAGAAAAGAGAUGGAAUGCAUUGAAAGGACUCAGAUAUUGCUGUGAAAGUUUGCAUUUCGUCUUGAAUCGCCGGCAUGGAGACGCAGAUGACAGGGGGAGAUAUCUCAAUGUUUUCAACAGUCACUCUCGCCUGGGUUUAGGGUGCAGCGGAGGAUGACACCUGCACCCCGCCUGGCGAGACCGACGCGUUAUUCCACACUUGGCAUCUCUGAGGAAGAGUAGGUCAGCCCGUCUACAAAGAGUGACUUUCUGCUUUUUAAAUCUGCAGCCAGCUCAUUCGCCAUCUCAGCGACUGUCAGCGGCACACUUUGGUUUACAGCCUGCCGCAUGAACGGUGCAUUUGUUGCGCUUUAUUGCAUUUCUUCUACCUUUGCACCAUCGCAGACUGCGGCAGUCGUCUCGUACCCGCACAUCUCCCAGUAAACAGGUAAUGUCUGUGUUACCACAGUCAUUUAAAUUGUGUCUACCGUUCAUCGUGGAGACCAGUCCAGCUUACCCUGACAUGUCUGUACCACUCAUCUUUUCAACCGGUUUUUCUGUUGUGAUUUUACAUCCUCUGGAUUUUAAGAAAUAAAAGAGGAGAGAGCUGUACCUCAAACAUCCUCACCUCUCUCCAACGUCUUUUGCAUAAUCUCUGUAGCUCUGACUCACCAUGGGCACUGUACUAUCACUGUCGCCUGGCUCUCGGAAGUCAGGCUACUAUGACAACCGGCCAGGCUCCCUCAGCCACUACCCGAGCCUCAGCAGCCGCUCUCUCAACACCCAGAAGGAUCGCGGCCUGAAACGGGGGCAGUCGAUCUUCCUCCCGGCACUGACAUGGAAGAGACUGGUUGCCUCUACGAAGAAGAGAGGCAACUCCAAAAAAGGCCCGGGUGGCCCAGCGGCCCUCGGCGACCCGCUCAACAACAACAACAACAUCAACAUCUACCAAAAGGAUGCUGUGCUGCACCUCAACCGUGAGAAUGUGAAGAAGUCUCUGUCAUGUGCCAACCUGUCCAGCUAUGAGGGUCCAGCAGGACUGGGCCUGGGGCUCGGCUACGGGCUAGGGAUUGGCCAGGGGCACGGCUAUGGCUACAGCAAGUCCCAACAGCUUUCCUCUGUGAAGAAGGUUCCCCAAAGCACGGUGACCUCAUCUCCCAAGCGUGUCAUCGUCCAGGCCUCCACCAGCGAGCUCCUCCGUUGCCUGGGGGAGUUCCUGUGCGGCCGCUGCUACCGCCUGAAACACCUUUCCCCGGCCGACCCGGUGCUGUGGCUGCGGGCCGUGGACCGCUCGCUGCUGCUGCAGGGCUGGCAGGACCAGGCCUUCGUCACGCCGGCCAACGUGGUCUUUGUCUACAUGCUGUGCCGGGACGUUGUAGACGGGGAUUUGGUGGCAUCAGAGCAUGAGCUGCAGGCCACACUGCUCACCUGCCUCUACCUGUCCUACUCCUACAUGGGCAAUGAGAUCUCCUACCCGCUCAAGCCCUUCCUGGUUGAGGCCGGCAAGGAGGCCUUCUGGGACCGCUGCCUCGCCAUCAUCGACGCCACCAGCGCCAAGAUGCUGCGCAUCAAUGCAGACCCGCACUUUUUUACGCAGGUGUUCGCUGAACUCAAGAGUGAGGGUGGCUGUGGCCCUCAGGACUACAGCCGGGUGCUGGAUCGGUGAGAGGAGGCGUAAACUUUUCCUCCAACACCCCUAGCCGACCGCAUGCCUUUUUGUACACACACAUACAUGCACACACGUCUGUUUUGUCUCGUAGGAACACUUCUUCUCCCCCUUUUCACCGCUUCUGAUGUUCUACAGGACAGCAUAAGGACCUUAACAACCUGACAACCUAUCUUGAUAGAGUUGUGUACAGUCUUCAAAUCAUUCCAUCAGAUGUUUUGAUGUCUCCACCAUCCACCGAGAGACUUAAGGAAUUCAAAGGUUUUUUCAAAACUAUGAUUACUGGCAUAUUUCACCAACACAGGGAGGCUUACAGCAUGUUUAUUUCCCCAACCUGUUUUUGUUCUGGAAUACUCACCUGAGUUUACUUGAAUUCGGGAGCCAUUUGGUCCACCUGUCCCGUCCGAUGUGACUGCCACCCCAUACGUCUGGUUAGUCAUCCCAGCUGCCCUGCUGCAGCUGCUAGAUACAUCCCGUCCCCCAGCCGGGUGUCCUAACAUCCCCACCCACCUACCUGAAUGUGAUCAAUCAGUGUGCGUGGGCCAUCUUUACUCUCAGCUAAAAAGAAGCUGCCAUCAUCCCCGAUGAAAUGUCUCGGAGAAAUUUUCCAUGAAGACAAUGGUUAUUUACGAUCAGCCAAAUGGAUUUCAAAUGACAUUUUCAUCAAUGCCAUUGUUCCCGUGGAAGAAAAUUUGUAUCUUGGCUAGACAAUGAGGCACAGACAACAACACAUACACCAAGCAAGUAUUUUCCUGGACAAUGCGAGGAGAAUUACUGACAUUCAGUGCCGGGUAAGCCUGGUUUGCCAGCAAUGAAAAGCAACUCAGACUGAUGGGAACAGCUGAGAAAUCCAUGUUAGGUCCCUCUGGUCCUACUGUGUGCUUUGUAAUCAGUACAGCAAAACAAAGGGUUUGUUUUGCAGCGCCUUUUGAGGGUCAUCUGGCCUAAGGGGACAGUUGCCAGUUAUUAUCUUAACAGCUAUUCACUCAAACCAGUCUGUGGGGUCCUCUGUGGUUUUCUCUAUCUUAUCUCAUCUAAGGAGACUUACAAGGUGGAAGCGGAACACACCCUGCUUUAACUUUAAUGUGUGUUUGAGUGAGAGCAUGUGUGCGUGUGUGUUUAUGUCGCAUGCGAGUGUGUGCAUUGUGCUGUGGGCAGCAGUGAGGGUCAUCAGCUGUUUUACCCCAGCCUUUGUUUGCUGCCUCUUGUUGACAGGGCACCCACAGCCGGUGUAUUAAUGAGAUUACCAGAUUACUGCAGCCCCUCCCCUCCUUCAAACUCUGCCCCCUUCUUGUCCACUCCACAGCCGUGGAGAGCCUCUGUGGCUAAUCCAGGCCAGGCUCGGACUGGACUGUGAGCACACAUACCCAUACAUGCUCUUAAAUACCUUAUCGUAUGCACUUUAUUUUCUGAGGACAAUGUGCUUGUGUGAUGGCAUGAAUACGAGACUGUGUGCUGUCCCGGGUCAGAGGUAGAGAUAGUAAGUGUGUCUCGGAGUGAGGGGGGCGGGGCGGUGGGGAAAUGAAAGCUGAAGGGGCUUGUUGUUGAACUGCAGUUGUUUUUGAAUUUGUCCCAGUUGCUCAUUAGUCACCUGCGCAUCCUCGUCUGCCAUGAAAAGGCUUCUAGGGACAGACAGUUGUUUGUCUCUCUCUCUCUCUUUCUCUCUCUCACUCAUGCACACCAUAUUAUUUCUCUGAAUGAAAACCUUGCCAUUUGUGCACUCAAGCACUCUAAUCUCUAAUUCCCAUGUGUUUUCAUGUGUGUUUGUUCAUGUCAGAGAUAGGUCACAGAUGAGCCCAUAGUCUGCACUGUUAUUCUGCCUCCCUCUUUCAUGUUUUUUUUUUUUUCCAUUUUGAAAUCCAACGUACUUUUCCCCACUCCCUCCCCACUCUGUCUCUCUCUACUGGGGGUGCAAUGCAUACAAAACAUGCAUAGAGGUCAGUCCACUGCAGCCCGAGCAUAACAAAUAUGAUUUGACAAAGGAGCACGGUGAGCGUGGAAUAAAUACAAAUCAGUCACCAAGGGGUCCAGUCAGCACAGUUGAAUCCGCUGUGGCCCCUCGCUGACGACUCGGAGGCAAACAACUGGUCUCCGUUCAGCUACAGCAACCGCGGUGGAAUGUGUUUCCUUGUCACAUCUGCAGAGAGAAAGAGAGAGAGAAAGAGAGAGAGAGAGAGAAAUGCCCGCUGUGUGGAGCGUUUCCACCAAGUCAUUCAUGUCAGAAAGGGUGACGGGUCAGGCUCCUGACAGGGGGGCUAAUGUUCAAUUUGUAUGAGUCAGCUCACAGCCUGCUGUUAGUCGAGAGCGCCAUUUCGGGCCUAUGGACAUCAAUGCUCCAGUUCCACCAAGACGUGUGGCCCACAAUACCAUGUGGCAAAGCAGGUGGGCCUUAAUCUUAUUGUGUGGGCAUCUGGAGGUUUGGGCAUCUGACCUCCCUCCCCCGUGCGACAAUCUUUUUUUUUUUUUACACCCUCUGCUUUGCCAGGAUACCCACCCACACACACACGUCUUCUGUGUGAUGAAGAAACAAGCACAUUGGACGUUUUCACACAUGCAUAUACACACCACACAUUCACCCGUGGGUAAUCCAGCCAUAAUCCACCAAUGCACCAAUCAAACAGAGAGAGGUAGCAAGGGAUGAAAACACGGGGAAAUACGUAAACGUUUCAGAAUCCGAUGAGAUUUGGUGUCACACUUCCCCUGCAGUUUUGGCCCUGUAAGCUCAGCCCUAAAAUCCGACCGCCGCAAACUCCUGUAACAACCUGGAGGCCUCUCAAAGCGAAGCGCAGCAGCUCACCCGGGCUUAUUAGAGGCAAGCCAGUGGCAACUCUCUGCCUGAAGGAUCUUGGAUUAGUUUACGCCAGCCAACCAGAGAGGGAAGCGAUGGGAGAUAGAGCAGGAAGUGGGCACCGCUGUCUCUUUUUUGGCAGCUUUGAUUGGCAGCCAUGUUGGGCUCGUUCUUGCAGUCAGCGUCGCUUCACUGCAGCUCCGGCCAGGCCUGCUCUCACAAGGACACUUGUGUGUCGACUCCACCCCGCACCCCCCCCCCCCCUCAUCCCCCCAUCUCACUUUCCCCACACACUCAGCUGUUGUUCCCUGCCUGUUUCAUUUGAUUUGACACCCUGCAACCCUCCCCCAGCCAUUGUGAGGAGAGGAGAGGAGAGAAUAGGGUUGUUUGUUGGCAUCAGAUUUGCAGGCAAAGUGAUGGGAGUGUUGUGUUGUGCAUGUGUCGGAGUGAAUGUGGGUCAUAGUUCUGGGCGAGAUCUGCUUCCACCAUUAGUCUCCUAGGCCUGGACAUUUGUUGUGUAAUACCGCUAAGUUAAGAGAUACUGUAUAUUAACUCAUGGAGUGACGUGAAUGACAAUGAAGUGUGGAAAAUCAGCAAAUUCAAAUUUCCUGCCAGAUGCCAGAAGGAUUCCAUUUGUUGUACAGUUUGCCCAUUGCUUUGUGGAAAACAAGUCUUAUGUCAUGCUGAUUCCCCAUCCUCAUUUGUGGCAGAGACACGGAGGCCCCAUGUAUGUUUAAGCGUAAUUGCCUAUGAGUGCACGUGUCAUAAACUGGUCUGUUUCCCCCACCGGGCUAAAAGACAGGUAUUCUCUGAUUCUGUGUUUGUGUCCAAUCAGUCACCGAGCUGGAUCAUACUACUGUUCCUCCAAUCAUAUCACAGAACGGAGUGGCUUCCGAGCCAAUCAACGCGCAUCUCAACCUCAGACCCUCCCCACCCAUCGGCAUGAAUCCUGAACUCUGCCUGACUCAAUGUACUUAUUUGCAGCGGACAGACACAUGAUGCCUGUGAAAACCCUGUGGAAAAUCCAUGUGUCUGCUUAUGUACAAAUUGAGUCAAUCCAAAUAUUGAAACAGCAUUGAACAUGGCAUACAGUAAGACCUAGACAGUCAGACUUCACUCUGUGGACGGGACCUCAUCUGGGACUUAAACAACUCUGCCAUACAGAAUAUUUCAGAUGGGCCAGGUGUUAGUUUGGCUGUGACGGGACACUUUUGGGUUUGGGCGAACAACGUGAUGAAGGAUUACAUCACCACAACUCUGUGAGUUGUGCUAAGUUAUUUUCAGUAUGUUGCUGCUGCUGUAGGUUAAUGUUUUGAAAGCGCACCUCGGACGACUUUAGUUUGGGGUUCGGACAUGAGGAAAGUAGAUAUUGUUUGAUGUAAAUAUGUUGAUGUGUAACAAAAGGAGCCACCAAGAAAGAAAGAAACAACAAAAAGAAUAUGUCUUGCUGUGUAGUAGCAUGCAUGCCAGCCAGUUAGACUAGAAACCUUUUUUUUUUUUUUUUUUUUUUUUUUUUACCUCUGCUUUUGUUUGAUUUGCUUUUUAUAUGUAAUGUUUUCAAUGAAAGAUUACUUCCUUUGGUAACUUAAACCAGGAUCUCACUGGAUUGUUCCUUUUAUGGGAAAUCUGAUGUCAACAGUAUUGUCGAAGUCUCUGACGACUGCAAAUGUAGCUAUCACAUCGUCACUGUGGUGGUUUGUUCAUUUUUUUUUUAGAAACUACGGAGACAAAAAGAGUCUACUUUCAUUUUCUCAGUCUUGAAAUAGCAAAGCAUGUGAACUCCAGCCGUGAGAGAAUUAUAUCAUUAAGACAACCCCCCCACUCACCCCCAGCAAACCUCUCUUACAGCUGUCUUAUACCUGACUUUGUCACCUUGCCAUGUUAGAUAUAGUCAGAGUGACGGCUGGAGGUUUUGUCACCAGGUUUUGGAACUGAAUGCUAAUCAGUUUUUACAGGAAUGUAUAAUCUGACGUCUUGUAACACAACAAAUAAAAGGGCAGUUCAAUCUCACGGCCCACUCAAGAGUCAGAGAGGCGUUUUGUUGUGGCUGUAAGUGUAGAAAUGAUCAAAUUAGCGGCGAUCAAUAGCCUUCCUCAUCAAUGCACCAGAUGGUGACACAAAGGGGGCCAUUGUGCGUGUCGUGUUUGUCCCAGGCGGCUCCAGCCCAGCCUGCAUCCUCAGUGAUUGUAGCUUCGCCUCCAAAGCAAAAACAGCUUCAGCUUUCCUCACGAUGCUUGAUAUUUUACAGCUUCAUUCUCCUCACAGCGGAAGUCGUCUCGCAACUUCCGUGCUGUCUUGUGUCAACACUGGUCACAGUGUUUAAAACAGAGAUUAAUCCACACUGCCUGUGACCCGUCCUUUUACUCCUGCCUGCUCCCAUCUCGCCCCCCUCUCCCAGCCAUCCCGAGUUUCCAUGGUUACCUCCCUCAGCCGUCAAUGUAACUGUCAGAACAAAAUGAAGCGGCGUACCACCUUGACUGACUUUUGUAAAGCCACCUCAGAUGUGUAUGUAGCUCUAAAAAGUAUAAUACUGUUGUUGGGGAAAACUUGAAGAUAAACAAAUGUGACUGUUUUCAUUUUUUCAUGUUUUUUUUUCUCCUUUUUCAUGAUGAUGAUGAUGAUGAUGUUGACUAUGUUGAUUAUUUAAUAAAGUAUUGAGCUGAAA